GUUGCUGUUGGGCAGCCUAACUGGCAAACUCCUGCGUGGUCCGCGCAGUCUGGGCUUGAACUCGUGCACAGCGUCAGCCAUCGAAAUAUCGCAGCCUCCGUGGCAAAGCGAGAAGCACGAUACAAUGGAAGAAAGUGCUUCUAGAGGUGUUUCCGAGCCGGUCCUCCAAGCUGAUCGUUGGCUGACAGCAUACCACGAUCGAUUCGCCGGCUUCAACACUGUGACUCCGAACAUCUGCUCGGCCGAUCUAUUCGCUGAUGGAGACAACAAAUUGCUCAUAGCCGAUAUGGGAGCGGAAUGGGGGAAAAAUAUGCAGCUUAGAGUGUACAAGGGGACCAGUCUGCUAUCCGAGCACACAUUGGUGGACCUGCCGCUCGCCAUAGCCCCAUUCUACAUGAAUCUGCCUGGACCCAAAACACCUGCGAUCGCCGUGGCGUCUGGAAGCUCAAUCUACGUGUACCGUAACAUGCGGCCCUUUUACAAGUAUACGCUGCCAGCAUUGAAAGUGGCCGAAGCCGAGCUCGAAGCCUGGAAUAUGGUUCUGCAAGAGGGUUCCGAUCUGAACGUGUUCAGAGAUCUGCUCGUCAACGUUCUGGCGAGCGGGGAGUCGCUGUCAGCGAAAUCGGAACAUUUCCUGACGACGUCGACAAUGAGCGAGGCUGAGACGUUUGUCCGAACCUACGGUGAUUCGCCCCUUCGGCGCCAGACAGUCCUGACAACGCUGUCCGCCAUGAAGAAAUCGAUGCAUGAAGAAGAUGCGCUCACGUGUAUUGUCCUCGGAACUGAGAACAAAGACAUUUAUAUUCUCGAGCCGGACGCCUUCACCGUGCUGACAUCCAUGGUAGUGCCCUCCAUACCAGUCAUGAUGGACAUCACAGGUCUAUUCGAUGUCGACUAUCGCAUUUUGGUCGCAUGUCGAGACGGCUGCAUAUACAGUCUGAAACGAGGUCAGAAAUCCGCUAAGCUCUGCAUCGAAUUGCACAGUCAGGCGGUCGGGAUUUGCGCUCGGCCGUCGUUGGGCUGUGUCUAUGUCGGCUGUAUGGACCGCAGUCUACGGUGCUAUUCAACGCAAGGAAAAGGGCCAAACAAAUACGCUCAGCUGUGGACGAUCUCCCUGGACCAUGCUAUAGUGGCCAUGCAGUCGGUUACGAUCAAAACCCUCGGCCUUGAGCUUGUCGCAGUGUGUUGUCAGGAUUCGAAAAUCUACUUCCAUAAAGAAAAAGCUGUUGUAGACAUCGUGGAUACCGGCGCUCCGGUCACCGCGGUAAGGUUCGGUAGAUUCGGUCGUGAAGAUAACGCCCUGGUUUUCGUGACCAAAUCCGGUGCCUUAACAGUCAAGAUUUUACGACGGAAUCAAACAUUUGACACUAUAGGCUCGCUAGAGAGCAGCAAAUCUGCUCCGGCAAUCACCGCGGGGAACAAAUUCAUCAUUCCGAAGAAAACAAAACUUUUCGUCGAUCAAACCAUGCGGGAACGUGAGAGCGCUUCUAUCAUGCAUCGCGUUUUCCAACAAGAUUUUCAUCGCAUCAGACUCAUCGCUGCGCGGCACUAUCUGAACACGAUGCAGACUACGGGGAAUACACAAGUGCGGGGAUUCAAUGGAGCGGACGAAACCAAAAUCCCCGAAGUUAGAAUUACUGCGAGAGUUCAAGGUCUUGGACCCGAAUUCGCGCUGAUCAUCACGUUAUCCUGUUCGGAAAACACUUUUCCGCCCCUGAGGAAUCUUUUGGUAGCCUACUCGUACGACUCAAGUAUUUAUCGUUGUGAAAGGGCGUACCGAUGUGUACCAUACCUACCACCCGGUCUGCCUACCUCGGUGAGCAUCCGCGUAACGUGCGUCAGCGAACUUUGCGUUAGCGACACACUGAAGGUGAUUGUGGCUCUCAAAGACUGCAGUUCCCCGAUAGUGACCGCUCUCAUCAGCAUGCCGGUCGCUCAGUCGGUCUGA